GGUUACAUGGAUCAGUGGCAUGUGGUCAAAUCUAGCAUAAUAAUUGGUCAAAGCUUCAGAUCGUAGACAUAUCUUCCAAUUAUUUAAACGGUGAAAUCCCGAAAAACUGUUUCAGACAAUGGCUGCUAUGAUGAAUGAUGAUAACGGAGAUUCACCAAGAAAGAAGCACCUCAGCUUCACUGUAUUACAACUUAGUAAUUACUACUAUCAAGAUACAGUCACAGUCACAGCCAAAGGACUCGAGUUGGAGUUAGUUAAAAUCUUGAAGGUUUUCACAUCCAUUGAUAUCUCAAACAAUCAAUUUUCAGGGGAAAUACGACACACAAUCGGGCAGCUCAAAGCCCUGUAUGUUCUCAAUGUGUCGCAUAAUGACUUCACAGGCUCUAUCCCGCCAUCUAUGGGGGAUUUGAGUCAGCUGGAAUCAUUAGACAUGUCUUCAAACAAAUUAACCGGGGAGAUCCCAUCUGCACUCAGGCGCCUUACAUUUCUUUCUUCGUUUAACGUAUCAAACAAUCAGUUGAAAGGAAGAAUCCCUACAGGAAACCAAUUUGAGACCUUUCAUAAUGAUUCAUAUUUUGGAAACAAGGAACUGUGUGGGCUUCCGUUAAACAUGGGCUGCCCUAGUUCAAACACUCCCAAAACAGAAUAUUAAAAAACAUUUCGAGAAUCAAAGAACAAAUACGAUUGGCAGUUCAUAUUCACUGGGGUGGGAUUAGGGUCAGGUGCAGCCAUUGUCACAGCACCUAUUACGUUGACUAAGACAGGGAGAUACCUUUGGAACGACUACACAAACAAAAUUGUCAUAACGAUUUGUCUGGUCCUAGGUAUCCGUUAUGCACCGUGUCGUUUAUUUGAAGAAGACGAAGAAGAAGACGAUGAAAAGGAGACGGUAUCCAGCGAUGAAAACUCAGAUGACAGUGAAUUCGAAUCAGUAGCUGACCGGUCAAAAGGAAGGUACUGUGUGUAUUGUAC